AUAGAAGGUGCCCUGCGAAGAUCAAGUCGCACCCAUCAAUGGCUUUCAAAACAAUACUAUAAUGGCCGCAAAUUGCCGGAUCAAGCGGUCAGCGAAUAAUCACGAGUGUCCUAACGGCCUCCCACCGGCCAAGAGAGCCCGCCAUAAGAACACCGUGCCGGUCAGCCAUGCCAUACUGCAGCACUACUUCUCAAAGAUCCAGACUCUACGCGAGUAUCUCAUUUCCAACCUACCCAGGUCGUCUAGGCUCAGGCGCAAGAAAAUUGCCAGUUUAGGGCUGCGUUCGGGGCCGCCAGCCUCAGAGGAACGGGGCAUAAAUCCCACCGAAACUCUUCUCUGUAGCCUACUUGACGACACCCUCGUGGCAAUCCCCCAUGGUCCUCCUUCUCAGCAGCAUCAACAGCAACAGCAGAAUGCGGAGAAGGAUGAUGACCGCUGGGAGCGAUGGGUUUCGUUCUCCCAGAAAGGGGACGAGUCUUACGUAACUCUUUCUGGUGACCCGGCCGACGCUCUCUACUCCCAGUCAGAGGUAAAGGGAGGACAUCGCACUACACCCGGCAAUCUGUACUGAUUGUCCUUGUCUAGAUUGUGGACUUCGUCGUAUGGCUCUUGUUUUCCAGGACCCGGGCCCCCAGCUCUUGGCCAAAGCAUCUUCUGUGCGAUGGAUAUCGCAGGA